AUGCCCCGUUCCCUGGAAGGCAAGCUCGGAAUCGUGACCGGCGCCUCUCGAGACCCCGCGGAGCAGCUGGCCGCGGACCUCCAGACCAAGCACAGCAUCCAGACCCUCGCUGUUCAGGCCGAUAUGGGCACACCCGAGGGCCCCAAGUCUCUCGUCGCGACCGCUAAAUCCCACUUCGAGAAGCUCAACGGCAAAUUCCAGAUCGAUGUGCUCAUCAACAACGCUGGCGUCGCCCACAACAACCUGUUGCCGGCCGUGACGGUCGAGCAGUUCGACAUCUCCUACCGUGUAAACGUCCUCGGCCCGCUCCUCCUCGUCCAGGCCGUCCAGCCCUACCUCCCUACCGACCGCAGCGGCCGUAUCGUCAACAUGUCAUCCGUCAGCUCAUCGACCGGUUUCCCCGAGCAGAGCGUCUACGGCGGCACAAAGGCCGCGCUCGAGGCCAUGACGCGCACCUGGGCCCGCGAGCUCAGCGAGAACGCCACCGUCAACGCCAUCAACCCGGGCCCCGUGCUGACCGAGAUGUACGCGGGUAACACGCCCGAGUUCAAGCGCUUCAUCAAGGGCUUCAUCGAGCACGCGCCGCUGAUGAAGGCACGCAAGGGCAUUGACUCGGAUGAGCUCGUCAAGGCAGCCGAGGAGGAGGGCGGCCGGCCGGCGUAUGUCGGAGAGAUUGCCGGGAUCGUGGGCAUGCUCGUCUCGCCCGAGUCGGCGUGGUGUACGGGACAGGUUGUGUGUGCCAACGGCGGUAUGUUGUUUGGCAUGCAGUAA